UGCGUGCGCAGCUAUAGACCCUUCCUGAUCGUCCACACGCCGUCUGUCGAGCGGAAGAGCGGUCGACUGCUUGUCCAGAAUGUCUUGGAAGAGGCGAUGUUCGAGGUACCGUAUCUUCAAAACCUAUCCGUGUCUUGAGCACCCUUAAUCUACCGCUGAAGGGGUCCCUACCUCACAGCAUCCCGCAGUCCUCUCGCCGCUACAUCUCCCACCCCGUAUGCAUCUUCACGCGACCUUCGGUACGCCGCCAAGAAUCUUCGUCGGGCUAUGCUGGCAGCCUUCCGCACAUGUCGAGUCCCCGAGCACUCGAAGACGCCUCGGAUCCUUUCUCCCAUAGAGGCCAUUCAGAUUCCGUACAGGCCGAGCACGCGAUAAGACACGAUAAGACACCUUGACCCGUACCAUGACCGCGAUCAAGCAUCGCGUCGUCGUCACUGGCUUCGGGCCAUUUCGCCAGUACACGGAGAACCCUUCCUGGCUGGCAGUGCGCACCCUUCACGAUACGGUGAUCUAUACCCCCGCUGCGCCUGCGCACCAUCCGCACGCAGCACCCGAGGCCGUCCAUAUCACUGCGCUGGAGGUCCCCGUGGUCUACGAUGCUGUGCUGUCGACAGUCCCCGGCCUUCACGCAGCGCCGCCAGUCCUACCACCUGGGCUUCCGGACGACUUCCCGCCUCCUCCAAACGACGGAUACUCUCUGAUCGUUCACGUCGGUGUCAGUCGUGCUGGGCCUCUCCGACUGGAGACGUAUGGCGACAAGACGGGGUACAACAAGCCGGAUCACGAAGGCAAGCUCGCCGACGUCGUAGACCAGACCAGCGCUACGCGUGGGUUUGCGGACGAGCGAUACGCAUCUCUCCCGGAACGUCUGCCUAUACGCAUUGACCCGGAUGGACUCUGCGAGCGAUGCGCGAAGGACGGGGUUAACCUUGUCCCGUCUUCCGACGCUGGACAUUAUCUCUGCGACUUCAUACUCUAUUGCUCGCUAGCAGAGUCUAGCCUGUCAGGGAAAGCGACACCCGUGCUCUUCAUCCACUGUCCGCCUGUCAACCAGCCCUUGAGCACAUCGCAGGUGACUGACGGCUUGAAGGCCAUUAUAGCCAACGCACUUUCAUGCCUACACACAUGAACCCUACUACGUAGUACGCAU